AUGUACGCAAAUCACCUCACCAUCUGGAUCGCGGCGAUUCUGGCCACCACGGUCCGGGCUGACCAGACGCGCUGGGCGUGGGCAACGGUGGAGCCAAGGGCGAGCCGACUGGUGAUAUACGACGGCGAGCCGCCGCAGUGGAACUCCUCGGAAGCGCCGCACGUUCCCGUGGCAUGGGCAAGCUUCAAGGACGACAUCCACGAUAGUGGCUGGUCGUACCUUCAGGUCGAGUCCAGUCCAUACGUGCCCGACGAGCUGCAAGCGUACGCGGCUGGAGCGCUGGAGGCCUACCUGACCCGACGUUUAAUGGAGAACCAGUGGGAAAACCUGUUCUCACGAUACUGCGAAAACCAGACCGAGUACUGCAGCCGGCUCGAUGACUUCAUCAUUAAGAACCUCCAGUACUCACGGGAGCAGGAACACCGCUUCAUGUACAGCGAUCCUUACUGGAACAUGGUGCACCUACUAAUGAAACAGCUGGCAGGACUAAGCGAUGUCUUCGAGAACCAGACCCUAGACUAUUACCAUGAACUGGACACUGUCACGCGAUCAUUCUACUUCAGCCUGGUGGGAGAUCUGUUCGACCUGGAACUUGCCCUGCAAAGGAAGAAUGACUUCAACUCAAUCGCCCAGAUCCUGGCCUGCUCAGCUCUAGUCAAAGUGUUGGGUGACUUUGAGGACAUCUACUUUUCUCAUGACACCUGGUUUCUGUACCGUGGAAUGCUGCGCAUACAGAAGAGGUACAUCUUCCCCUGGCACCACACGGCGCAUCUCACCGGUGACGAACACGUCAUCCCUGGACACACGAUCACCAUGUCGUCAUACCCUGGAAAGCUGGUCUCGUGGGACAACUUCUACCUCACGUCCGCAGGACUGGCCAUCACAGAAACUUCAAUCGUGAACGACAACAAUGACCUCUGGAACUAUGUGGUUCCGGAGAGUGGUCCUUUCAGCUGGGUGAGUGCCGCUGUGGCAUGCCGCCUGGCUACCUCAGGCUUGGAGUGGGUCCGUCUCCUUGGAAGGGAGAACGGCGGAACGUGCAACAGCCAGGUGCUCGUCUUGGAUUACAACCUCUUCGUUCCUGGGAGACCCAUUGCUGACGGGACCCUUUGGAUUUACGAACAACUUCCGAAAAUGACGCGGUAUGAAGACGUUAGCCGAGACCUUCGCAACAACAAGUACUGGGCAAGCUAUAACAUCGCCUAUUUCAGUGAUGUCUUCAACCUCAGCGGACAACUGCCGAAAGUGCAGAGGUACGGUAACUUCUAUACGUACGAGAACGCCCCACGUGCUCAGAUCUUCCGGCGGGACCACGUAAAAGUCAAAGACAUGAACUCUAUGAUAAAGCUAAUGAGAUACAACGACUUCAAGAAUGACCCGCUCUCACGCUGCAAUUGCUCGCCACCGUACAACCCAACCUAUGCCAUUGCUCCGCGCUACGACCUCAUAGACCCGCACGGGACGUACGACAUACCGGGGAUGUACCCCAGAGGUGUGGGAGGCAUCGAUGUUAAGGUGACUAACUACUCGCUGUUCACAUCACGGGAAUUUGUCGGCGUCAGUGGGCCCACCUGGGACGACCAACCACCAUUCCAGUGGAGCAGUAGCGGUUUACCGGACAGCCACGUCGGUCACCCCGACAGGUGGCAGUUCGGGCCGGUAAUCCACAAGUGGGCCGAGGCGAGGGUUCAGUGGUCCGACAAGCUACGGAAGUCUAAUUAUAACUCCGCAGCGGUUCGUGGCUCUUGGAUCGUCCACUUGGUGCUACUAUGUGCCGCGUCAUCGCUGUGGAAUCUACUCUUGCCUAUGUCUAGUUAGUUGAGCUUAAUAGAUUUGCUGGCUGUCGAGGAUUGAACGUAUAUUCGUGUCGUAAUAAACUACGGGGGUCGCGGUCUGCCCCACAAGGCUUGGAUAGCUUAAAAUCUUUAUACAAACGCAGUUUUAGUUAUACAGGUAUGCGGCUGUGUUUAACAUGAGAUGUUCACAUAUACCUGAGUGCAGGUAGGAAGGUAAUUGACUGUUUGCACAUGUCCGUUACUCAAUGGCCCUUCUCUGAGAGAGCUGCGAAAUAGUUUUAUUGCGCGGA